AUGGCACCAAAGUCGAAAUCUAUUUUCAGGCAACCAGGCGUAAAACAUUUUCAGCUUGUCCAUCGGUCGCAGCGAGAUCCCCUUAUUCAUGACCCGGAAGCGAGCCAGCAUGUGCUGAAGGCGGUCGAGAGGGGAAACGCCAGGAAGGGAAAGACUCGUGCGGACCUCGAGCUUUCCAUAGAUCCCAAAGACCUCGAGCACGAUGGUAAGCGUGCAAACAUCGGAGAGGCGGCGGCAUACGGUAUCUACUUCGACGAUACCGACUAUGACUACAUGCAGCAUCUGAAGCCUGUUGGUGUGCACGAGGAGGGCGUGGAGAGCAUCCUCAUUGAGGCGCCCUCGCAGCUGAAGGCGAAGAGUGGAUCCAAGGCGAAGGAACCCAUCACUUUACUCGACCUCCCGGCAGAGGCUCUGCCUUCGGCUUCGGAGGUACCGAGGAACUAUGAGUCCCAGCAAGCCGUCCCGUCCUCAAUAGCAGAGUUUCAGCCGGAUAUGGACCCGCAUUUAAGGCAGGUCCUGGAAGCUUUAGAGGACGACGAAUUCGUGGACGAAGAGAUUGGCGAUGACUUCUUCGCAGAGCUGGUGGCGCACGGCGAAAGAGGGUCGGACGAGUGUGUCGACUUUGACUUUACCGAGGAAGGUGUAGAAGAGGGCGAAGAAUAUGCGGACAUGAGAGAAAAUGACGCAGAAGAAGGCGAGGGCGAAGGGUGGGAAGCUAGGUUUGCUCGUUUCAAGCAGGGACAGAGGGCGGUUGCAGUGGAAUACGGCUCCGACCUAGACGAGUAUUCUGAUGGCGGCGACACUAUCGGUACCCUCCCCCAAUUAUCCGUCAUUGGAGGCAAGAAGCGACGCAAGGGAGCGUCUGAUGCAUCGGGUUACAGCAUGAGUAGCUCGUCUAUGUUCCGUAAUGAAGGUUUAACCACCUUGGACGAACGCUUUGAUCAAAUCGAAAAGGAGUACGAGUCGGAUGAAGGCGAGGGCGAGGACGAUGUUGGUUCGGAUGAUGACUCCACACCAGAACUCCUCACCUCUCGUGAAGACUUCGAUGAUAUGAUGAGCGAGUUCCUUGAGAAUUAUGAGAUCUUCGGCGGGAAGAUGCGCCCCGUCUUGGCAGGAGGCACCCCUACGGAGAAGCUGGAUACUAUUCGCAAAGCUUUGGGUGAGGCGAAGAUCCAUGAUGGCCAGGGUAGCGCGAGCGAUGAAGACAUCCUCAUGCCCGUCGACGUAGACGAAGGAAAAGACAGAUGGGAUUGCGAAACUAUCCUGUCUACAUAUAGCAAUUUGGAAAAUCAUCCACGACUUAUCCGUGCCCGCCAGACGAAGCCCGUGCCAAAAAUCCAGCUUGAUCCGAAGACCGGUCUCCCGACUGUUAACGGACACAAACUCUCACUGGGUCCCCCGAAAGGCAAGCAGAUCAGUACCAUAGAAGAGGAGGAUGGGGAUGACCAUAAGCGUAAGCUGACGCUUUGGCACUUCGUCAGUAUCCUGACCUCGGAUGAUGCAGCGGCACGCGUCACCAUUGCUCGGUCGAAGAACGAGUCAAAGGAAGAAAAGAAGGCUCGCAAGCUGUCUGUCAAAUCCGAGAAGCAGCAGCGCCGUGUCGAGAAGAAAGCGACCAAGGAGCAGUUUUCCUCUGAGAUUAAGCAGCAGACGAAGCGGUUGUCCGAGAGGGAGAAGACCAAGAUGCGUAAACUGUAA